AUGGAUUUUGUGCUUGGAUUGCCUAGGACUAGAACUGGAAAAGAUUCUAUCUUUGUGAUAGUUGAUAGGUUCUCAAAAAUGGCUCAUUUUGUAGCAUGUCAUAAGACUGAUGAUGCAUCUCAUGUAGCUGCUCUGUUCUUUAAAGAGAUUGUUAGAUUGCAUGGCAUGCCGCGCACCAUUGUUUCUGAUCGUGAUACAAAGUUCCUGAGUUAUUUUUGGAAAACUUUGUGGUCUAAGUUGGGUACUAAGCUUUUGUUUUCUACUACUUGUCACCCUCAAACUGAUGGCCAAACUGAAGUUGUUAAUAGAACUCUUGGAACUUUGUUGCGCGCCUUGAUUAAAAAGAAUCUUAAAAGUUGGGAUGAAUGUUUGCCACAUAUUGAGUUUGCAUAUAACCAUGCUGUGCAUUCUGCUUCUAAGUUUUCUCCUUUUGAAAUUGUUUAUGGGUUUAAGCCCAUCUCUCCUUUGGAUUUGAUGCCUUUGCCUUUGAGUGAAAGAUUAAGCACAGAUGGAAAGCACAAGGCAGAAACAGUCAGGAAGAUCCAUGAGCAAGCCAGAAGGAACAUUGAGGCUAAAACCAAGCAGUAUGCUCAACAAGCCAACAAGGGCCGAAAGGAGAUGAUCUUUGAAGUGGGAGACAAGGUUUGGAUCCAUCUGCGCAAAGAGAGAUUUCCGGCCGAGCGCAAAUCCAAACUUAUGCCAAGGAUAGAUGGACCAUUUGAGAUCACCAGAAGAAUCAACAACAACUCCUACCAAAUUGAUCUUCAAGGUAAGUACAAUAUAAGUUCAAGUUUUAAUGUUACUGAUCUUUCUCCUUUUCUUGCAGAUGAACCAGAUUUGAGGACAAAUCCUUUUCAAGAGGGAGGGGAUGAUAUGAUCAUGGAGGAGGUUGCUAAACUUGGACCAGGAAGCAGCUGGAGAGCUUGUAGCAGGGAGCAGCUUGAACCUGAGGAAGCACUGACCAUACCAACUGGUCCCAGUUACAAGGUCCCAAACUAA